GAUUGGUAACCAGGCUUUGUCGUUUCGAAUGGACACGCAUGGGGGGUUUGACCACGAGACAGCGUUGCGAAAACAUGAUAUGUGAUCGAAGGCGAAGUGACGCGGUUAAUUUUGUAGUUCACUCGGUUCUUCGACGAAAGAAUGUCAGCUCAAGUGAAAGAUGGUGUCAAGCCAUCCGGGGCUGUAAAAGUAACGGCUAAAAAACACAAAUGGUAUCUUGGAGGAAUCGCUUCUGCCAUGGCAGCCUGUGUCACACAUCCGUUGGAUUUGCUCAAGGUAAUUUACACCAUCAAAACAGUGAUCAAUCUUAAGGCGUCGACGGUUAUUUUAAGGAUUAUUUUUGGGUAGUACUGUGGUGUAUUCUUUAUUCUGCCUCAGUUCUUGCUGACGAAAGGCCCAAGUAUUUUUAUAAAUUGAAACGUUUUGUGUUGUGCAUUUUCUUAUUUAUGUUUGAUACGAACUAUCUUUUGUUCCAAAUGGAGAUUUGUCCUUUAAUAGUGAAAUUGGCGUGACACUUCGAUGUCCUUAAAAAAUCGUUAAAAGUAUUCCCUUCUCUGUCUCAAAGUGGAUGGAGAAUACUGGCUUUAUUUUAUCCGGAGAAAAAUGGCGAAGAUUUCAUGCGCGAACUGCUUGCAUUAAUUUAAAAUAAAGUUGUUUUCUUUCAACUUGGUUCAGUGCUGACAUCUCAAAUGAAGUAAAUACAGACCAAGUUUUACAGCAAUCCUUGUAAUGAUUAUGAAAUAAAAUUUCGCUUUUUACAGGAGUUCAUUUUUUUAUUCGUUCAAUAAGGUCAAAUUUUUUAUUCAAUCUUUAUUUUGUUAAAAUAAAUCAUAUUUAAAUGUUUUUUUUUACAGCCUAAUGAAAUGAAAGAACGAGAAAUCCUAUUUUUUUUCAGCUCUUUCCUCUGCAGCCAUCCUACUGUUCUCCAACUUAUUAUGAUUAUAUUAUUUUUAAUUCUAUUUCUUAAAACAAAUUUAUUUAUGCCUCCUCACUUGUCUGUCAGGUUCAUUUACAGACACAGCAACAGGUUAAACAAAGACUUUUGUCCAUGGCAGUUCAUGUUGUUCGAACACAGGGUGUAUUUGCACUUUACAAUGGACUGUCAGCCUCUGUCAUGAGACAGGUAUGGAAGCGAGAUGUGGUCAUGAAAAUGGCUAUUUAAAUAUGAUUUUGGAGAAAGCUUCACUGUUGACAUCACUAUUGAAAUUAUUUCAUGAAAUAAUGUAUGGGAAAAAAGUACACACUUCUGAUUAGCUGAAAAUGAGCACAUUCUCAUGUAACAUAAGUGCAAAGUUGUAACACAAAUAAACUACAAAUUUAUUACAAAUUGCACUGGCUCUACAGGCUCUUGCAAUUUAGUUGUCUUUGAAAAAUUUACUUGUGCUUAUUAACACCAAAUUGCACUUAAAAUUAUGUUAUUACCUAUGCUUAAAACAUAGUUGCAUAAGAUGUGUGUUACGGCACCAGAAAGAUGCAAAAAAUAUUUCAACAUAGAAUUACAGUAUUUCUUACAGCAUAGCUCAUCAUGUAAGAAUGGGGUGUUUUUGAAUGUGUUUCUUCAGAAGUCUGAGAGAACUUAAGGGUAUCAUCAAGAAGUAAUAAAUUUGUCUAGACUGAGGUAUGAUGGAAGCUUAGUUUUAAAUGUCUCAACUAAUUGAUCUCCACAAUGCUUAAUUCUUAGACACUGCAAAGGAACAAAUGGAAUGAGCUUGUUAUUAGUAAUUAGCAGUUAACUCAUGGUCAGUUCACUUUCAGGAAAAUAUUUAAUACAUUUGGAGUAAUUUCAUGAUAAUCAUUCUGAAUUGGUUAGUUCUAAAUAAGCCACUUAAUGAAUACACUCAUAAUUAUGUUUGUUUUUGGUAGCUUACUUAUUCCACAACACGUUAUGGAUUGUAUGAAGUGGUCUCUGCAGAGUUAAGAAAAGGAAAUGGUAAUAAUUUUUUUUCUAGUUUAGGUAAAAGGUAUUGGGAAAAAAUCUUUAACUUUCAGUGAAGAAACAAAACAGGUUAUGUGUGUCUCAUUGAGAAAUAAUUGUGAAAUAAACAGUGUUUGAUUAAAUAAGUCUAAAUAUUUUGCCAAAGUUUGUUAUUAGCUGUAUAAGCUGAAACUACAUCAAUGACUUUACAUGUAGUGUAGCACACCACCUAGGGUUUGUUGGAAGAGUUUGGAGACUUGUAAUAUUGUCAGGUAUUACAAGGUUUUUCCCGGUAGUGAGGUACUUGGAUGAAUGCUUAUUAUAAUGAUUACCUUAAAAAAUGAAUAGAGUUGGCAAAGGGGGGAGACAAAGUAUUGUCAGAGUCCACUUUCUGUUAGUUGUUGUUUAUAACUUGUGGAAAACCCUGGCAUGUUUUUAUUAUUACCUUUUUACUAGCCUUUAUGGCCAAACAAAUUUAAAAUACUAGAGGUUCUAUUUCUUUUCUUUCUAGAGCCACUACCUUUUUACCAGAAAGUUGUAAUAGGAUCAGUAUCUGGUAAGUUGUGUAGUUAUAAAUUAAAGUGGAUAGUUUUAUUGCUGAUCAGCUGUUACAAUUUUUUUGUGUUGUUAGUGUGAAAGCAAAAAAGAGCUUUGGAACUGAAAUUAUAUGAAAUAUCUCUGUUAGGUUUCUUGGGCGGAAUUGUUGGCAACCCUGCAGAUAUGGUCAAUGUUAGGUAUGUACCGAAGUCAGAUAAGGGUAACAUCUGCCAUUUAACUCAAUUUUGAGUGUUAUUCAAUCAGUUAAUGGUAUCCUAGUGGUUAGUACACUGGACUCUGCAUAAAAUGAGAGGUAGAGUUCUGACCUUGUCACUGUGUUGUGUUUUUGGGCAUGAGACUCUUACAUCCCCUCCCUCUCAGGAGAGGAGUAUUUGUAAAUAGAUACUGGUAAACUUUCAGGGAAGUCUUACAAAAUACUGUAGGCUAAGCCCUUGAUGGACUGGGAUCUGGGCAAAGUGGGAGAGGUAGGAAUUCCCUUCAUGCUAAUAAAACUCAGAUAAGCUCUGGCAGUAUGGAUUUUCUGGUUCAUAAGCCUCUCUUUUUUUCCCUAGUGAAUGUAAGUUUAUGACACAUUAUUUUUGACUACACAGGAAGGAUGCAUCUGUGAUUCCUAGUUGUCCUAUGAUAAUUACUGUUGUGUUGUCCAACUGUAUGCAUUAUUUCUUGUUUCUUUCAUUUUACAGAAUGCAAAAUGAUGUCAAAACACUUGAUAAAGCUCUUCGAAGAAAGUAAGGUUUCUGAGUGGAUUUAUGUGAUAAUACUUGAUUUUUUGAGAUUUAAGUUUCCCCAUUCAGUACACAUACAUGUUCAAUAGUUUUACAUAUUUAAUUCAGCCAGUAAAAAGUUGGUGUUACUCUUUUUUUUUUGUAGUUAUAAGCAUGUGUUUGAUGGCCUCUAUAGAACAGCAACUGAAGGUAUGUAAUCUAGCUGAAAUAAAUGAAACUAUUUGUGUUCUUUUAAGAAUUCACUUAAGUCCAGUGAGCUGUGCUGGUCUUGAUCUCUCUUAACCCUUCACACCCUAGCAUCAGUAUGCAUAUUCUCCAUACUGUUAUCUAUGUAACUCCAGAGGUGCUAACAAGGAGAAUUUGUGUAACAAUCAAGAGUCUCUUUAGUUGGUGAUCAUUUUCAUUAUUCUUGUGACCUUAGUGUAUGAUUCAGGGGGGAUGUUGUAAGGAGAAGUUAGAUGCUAGUCACUCCUAGGGGGUUAAAGGUUAAAGUUCGUAACCCUUUCCUUUGAAAAAAAUUGUCUGAACAUGUUUAAUUUUUUUAGUAAUACUUUUGUGUCUGAAUUGAUUAUUGGUAGAGGGUGUGUCAACUUGGAUGAAAGGUGUUACAAUGACCUCAUCUAGAGCUCUCCUGAUGACUGUGGCUCAGGUACAUAUUCAAACAUGUCAUACAAUUUUCUUUGGACCAAAUAAACACAAGACUUCAGCUAACGACUUUUAUUAUUGGAGAAUGGUCAUUAUUUGAUCAAUUGCAAAUCAAUUGUACAUUUAUUUAGGUUAAAUGAUGUUAAAAUUACAGCUGCAUGUAGUUACUAAAAAGUAAGUACCAGCCUUGUAGACCAAAUUAAUAUAGAAGCACAAAGUGAUAUUCUUUAUCACCUGCUCUCCAUUGCCAUGUCUUCUGUAGGUUGCAUGUUAUGAUCAAGCAAAACAGCUGUUACUUGCAUCAGGGUAAGUGUUACAAAAUGAUUAAUGUUUAUGAAAUACUAAGAGUUACUCUCAGCAUUUUUAGAAUCUGUGACAAAGUUAUAUUGGAGUUUUUACCUUGCUAAUACAUGUGUGCAAACCAAUUCUGGUACAACAAAGAUCAUAUAUUGCUUCUUUUGUAGAUAUUUUAAAGACAACAUUGUUGCACAUUUCACUGCAAGUUUUAUAGCGGUAAGAGAAACUAGAUAGGAAAAGAAUAACUCAUUUAAACAAAGAACUUUUUUAGACCAUAAGGUACAGAUGUAUUAACCUUUUUUAGGAAGCCAUAGACAUUUCCAUUUAAAAACAAUAAACAUUUUUCCACAAAGAGACUUACAUUUAUCACAAUCCAUUGAUUUAAUAGUAUAUGUUUGGAGACAGUGUGCAAUAUAUGUCAUUGCAUGACAAUGUUGAUCCCUUGCUGUGUCAAUUUGAAACUUAUAAUUUAUUUACAGUCAAGGUACUUAAUUGUUGGGAGAUUAGUUGUUGUAGUCUAAAUCCUGUGAUACCAUUUCAAUUCUCUUUGAAUUAUGAACUUUUGAAAUGUCUGUGUAGGGUACAAUUGCUACAAGCAUUACACAACCUGUUGAUGUUAUGAAGACAAGACUUAUGGAAGCAAAACCUGGGCAGUACAAGGUAAAUUCUAUGUAAGAAGAAAUAUUCUUAUUACAAGUAAACCUCUCAGUUACUUUAAUUUACAUUUCUAAAGAUGCUUUGGUAUAGAUGGUGUAUAAUUUUCCCCUUUUCUUACAGAGUGUGGCCCACUGUAUACUUUUUACGGCAAAACUUGGACCUAUGGGAUUUUAUAAGGUAACUAUUGUUAGGAGAGAAGAAGCUCUUGUAAUAAUGCCAUGAAAAAUUCUGAUGUGGCUUCUGAGCUACUUCUCAGUACCAUACAUACACCCUAUUUGAUGAUUUGAUUAAUAUAAUACAAGUGGAUAUUUUUGUGAGGUGAGUAGUAUUUUUCUGAGCAAGAAAAUUACAGGCAAAGGUUGGAUCAUUCAAGGUUGGAUUGUUCAGUGUGGCUAAUUUGCUGCUUUCUGCCAGUAUAUUUACCCUGUCUACAGUGAAAUCCUGUGGUAUAUUUUGCUCAUUCUAGUCUUUUAAUAUGGUAAAAUGGCGUAAAUGUUGCAUGAUAAAUUUUGAUAUAUCAUUCACCAGUUGAAAGUGCUCUGUUUUAGUACCCCUUAAUGCUUUUUUUUCCCUCCAUUUGUAGGGUUUUAUCCCAGCUUGGGUACGUUUGGCACCUCACACAAUUAUUACUUGGAUCUUCCUAGAGCAACUAAGAUUGCUCUUUCCUGUGAAACAGACAGUGAUGUAACUGACUUCAGAACAUAUUAAUUAAUAUAUUCAUGUGAUAUUAUUCUUACUUCAAUUUAAAUACACACAUUCAGUGAGGGUUAUUUGGCUUUUAUGGAAAAAUUAGUUAGGUUGUAUUAUAGAUUCUUACCUAUUAUUUUAACUGUUUUGAGACUUGCCAAAAGCCAUAUACAUGUAUUGAUUAAAAUUGGAUUAAAAGAUACAAUCAUAAAAAAUGUUUAUUAAAUAACCGUUCGGAGGUUACUUUUCCAUAAAAACUAGUUGCAAGAUGGGGUAUGGUGUCAUGUAUAAGUAGCCAUUGAUAACGUGAAGAAAUGGAUUUAUUAUUUAACUUUACUAUGUUAAUUAUGACCACCAAAAAAAAAUUGACUACUUAAAGUUGGGUUUUUUUCCUCCAGCACAUUUAAAAAAUCUUGCAAUUUUUCUUUUUUCUAAUGUUUUCUGCAUCUUAUCGCCAUAACAUUAUGAAUCUGAAGUACACUUCAGUUCAUGUGGCAAAUUAAUUUUCUUUGAAUGGUUCAUGACUCCAGCUUUUUUUAAAGUAAGUAAGGUGUUAAGAAUAAAAGAGAUAAAAAGGUGUAGGUAGCGCUUAAUGUUGUUAGGACAUGUUAGAGGAUGAAGUGCUCAG